GUGACUACCGUUUGAAGAGGAAAAACAUUUUCAUUAGCGGAGAAAUACUAUAGCAAAAAUAAUUACAUCAUGACUACUGAAUGUGAGCUGGAGAUCAGAGAUACUUUUCAACGUGCCCAAAAAGGACACAACAACAAGGCCAAACUGGUGGCCAGUCUCAAGAACAUGUAUAAUAAGCUCCAGGACAAGGCAGCGUUUCAUGAGGAGUUUCUGCGCUGUAUGAAGUAUGCAAUGAUUGUGUACACGAGAGAGCCAGCAGUGGAGAACAUCAUCGACUUUGUGGUAAAGUUUGCAUCAAGCUUUGAGACGCCUGUAAACGAGGAGGAGGAAGAAGAGGAGGAAGAAGAGGAGGAGGAUUCUUUUCUAAACUUUCUGUUUAACUUUCUGUUGGAGUGUCAUGGAGUGAGCAGUCAUGCAGUGAGAUUUCGUGUGUGUCAGUUGGUUAAUAAGUUGCUGGGGAGUUUGAGUGAGAAUGCACAGAUGGAUGAUGCGCUGUGUGAGAGGAUCCACGAGACCAUGCUGAUCCGUGUCACGGAUAAAUACCCCAACGUCAGGAUACAGGCUGCACUUGCUAUGGCCCGUCUGCAAGACCCGGACAAUGCCGACUGUCCUACUGUCAAAGCUUACAUGCUGCUGCUGGAGAACGACUCAAAUCCUGAGGUACGACGAGCUGUCCUGUCUUGCAUUGCUCCCUCUGCACUCACACUCCCGAAAAUCUAUAGACGGACACGAGACAUUAAAGAAAAAGUUAGGAAACUGGCCUAUCAGGUGCUUGCUGAGAAAGUGCAUAUCCGUGCUCUGACCAUUGCUCAGAGAGUCAGCUUAUUGCAGCAAGGCCUUAAUGAUCCAGCAGACUCGGUGAAGGAAGUUGUGAAGCAAACACUCAUUCCCUCUUGGCUUCGCCUCGUGGAAGGAGAUGUCUUGCAAUUGCUGCACAGACUGGAUGUUGAAAACUGCGCCGACACGGCAGUGUCUGCUCUGCAUGCCCAUUUCUCCUUGGCAGCGGCAUUUGAUGAACUUUUGCAGGUCGCCAAGCUGGACGACAGAAAGCUGAUUCCAGUGCACUCUUUAACAUGCGAGAAUGUGACCUACUGGAAAGCGCUGUGUGAGUUUGUAAAGAGUAAAGGAGACGAGGGGGAGGAGUUUUUGGAUAAGCUUUUACCUGAACCCGCUCUCUUUGCUGAGUACCUGUACAGUUAUGUAAAGACUCUUCAUGCAGUGGGUGACGAGCACAGAGCUGAUCUGUCUCAGUUGGAGAGUGUGAUGAUAAAGGAAUUUAUUACACAGCAGCUUGUCCAGCUAGUUGACUGCUUGGAUACUUCAGAAGAGGGAGGAAGGAAGCGUGUGAUAGCUGUAUUAAAAGAGAUGUUGGUGCUGCCAAACACGCCAUUUUCUCUGGUUGGUCCUCUGGUGCAGAGACUUACAGCAAUUCUGAGGGAUGAUCAACAGAAAAUCGUAACAAUGGCAGAAAUCAUCUCAGAUGUGAGGGAGCCUAUCAUGCCUGUCACACAAACUGUUGAUGAGAAUGAGAAACGCAAAAAACAAGUCAAGCUGGCGGAGAUAAAGGUCUGUAUAAUGGAGUGUAAACAGCAGAUGGAUGACUGUAUAAGUGCCCAGGAUUUCAGUCGUGCUGCAGAGCUAAAGAACUCAGUUGCUGAGCUGGAGGAGCAGAGGAGCAAAUUAACACAAGAGAGCACUCUCACUGAACCCACUAAAGAUCAGCGCACAGAGAAGAACGAUCCAGAGACGCUGCUCAAGUGCUUGACGAUGUGUGCUGAAGUCUUAAAACAGUUGAAUAUCAACAGAGGAAUCUGUCCUACCAUGAACGCUCUCAUAGAGUCGCUGAUGUUGCCCUGUGUGUCAAACUCUCACCCUGCGGUGAGGAACAUGGCUGUGCAGUGUUUGGGCACGGCGGCUCUCCAUAGCAAAGACCUUGCCAAAACGCAUCUGGUGCUACUUUUGCAGAUUACCCAGCUGGACGAGCCUAAAAUAAGGAUCACUGCUCUUAAAGCCGUGGUUGAUCAGCUGCUUCUGAACGGUCUUGACAUCCUGCAAGAUAACCCUUCUUCCCAGCCAUCUCAGCCCUCUGAUUGGCCUGACAAUGAUGGACAGGAACAUCAGCCAGAACAGGAAGAGGACAGUCCUGUGCAGAGUAUUCUGAAGAUGCUGUCAGACUUCCUGGACAGUGAGAUCUGUGAGCUGCGCACUGAGACCGUGGAGUGUGUAUGUAAGUUGAUGUACUGUGGGAGGAUUGCAAGCGUGAAGCUGCUCACUCGGCUGAUCCUGCUCUGGUACAACCCACUAACGGAGGACGACCAGAAGCUACGACACUGUAUUGGAGUCUUCCUGCAGUUAUACACACACUCGCAUAGGACUCAUCAGGAGUGUGUGGAGCAGAGCUUCCUUCCCACUAUGAGGACUUUAUUCAAUGCUCCAGCCACCUCUCCUCUCUCUGAGGUUGAUACUAACAAUGUCGCUGAACUGUUUAUAGAGCUCACACGUCCGAGCACAGAGACACAGGGCACUGCUGUGCAUGAUUCUUUGGCUGUGAGUGUGUGUAAUGAGAUUUUGCAUGACCCUUCGGCUCCCGAGGUUCGACUCUACUGUAAAACACUGGGCAGUCUAGAGAUCAGUACCGAACAGGGACCUGCGAAUGAGGGGCUGCAGUUGAUUCUCAAUGACAUACUGCAGGAGGUGAAGGAUAAGCACUGCAUUAAAGCUGUAGAAAAAGUCCUUGCACGACUUAAAGGAGAACAGCACGCCAGAGCCACGAACACCCAGGACACAGUGAUUAAUGCUGUGGAUGCAAACACCAACGACGUUGUGAAUGGAGAUGAAACCAAAACUAAACGACCCAGAAGAGGUCAGAAGAAAGUCUCAACAGCCAAAGGUGCAAAGAAGACCUCAAAAGCUAAAGAGUCUUCUGGUGAAAGUGAUGAGGAGAAUGUUCCAGAUGCCACAGAAGUCCCAUCUUUGCGACCAAGCCGUCGUGCUAAAACUGCAGCUUUGGAUAAAACCAGGCAGGACUUGACAGCACUGAUGAAUCGCGAAGCCAGUGUGUAGGUCAGGCUCAAACCCACGUUGUUAUAGCUGUUCCUUUUACAUACGUUAGUCAUGCUUUUAAAGCUUGGUUUUUUGUACCUGAUAUUGAAGCAGAAUGACCCUAUAUUGUAAAAUGUCUUGAUUGUUUCGGGAUCAAAAAGUUCAUGAAUGUAAAUAAGUAUAAUGGAUAUUAUUUGUGGAAACGAGCAUGAAUAUUCCUUGUGCUUCCCUAAAAAGCAUCUUUUGGACUCAGUGCUAUAUAAACAAAUCUGUGUCCUACUGAAGACCCUUCAGUGUUGAACUGGUUAUUUAUCAAUUUUAAACUGUAGCCUUCUAAGGAUUGCCAGUAAGGCUAAUGUGUCAGUGUUUUCCUAAUUUUUAAUGAAACCAUUGCAAUCCAUUUUUCUGUACCUAGAAAAGAAGAUCCCUCUUGUAUUCGAUUUCUUGUUUGUUGUAAUUGCUUAUAGGCUACAGGUGUGGUAGAUAAAGAUUGUGUUGUAAGAUGCUUGAAUAUUCCCUUUUUCUAAUUA